AUGACGAGAUGUCUGUUCUUCAGCCAGUCAGGGAUAGACUUCAAGAUUAAAACUGUUGAAUUGCAAGGAAAGAAGAUCAAGCUACAGAUCUGGGACACGGCGGGGCAGGAGCGCUUCCACACCAUCACCACCUCCUACUACCGGGGGGCCAUGGGCAUCAUGCUGGUGUACGACAUCACCAACGCCAAGAGCUUCGAGAACAUCAGCAAGUGGCUCCGCAACAUCGACGAGCACGCCAACGAGGAUGUGGAGAGGAUGCUGUUAGGAAACAAGUGUGACAUGGAAGAUAAAAGAGUUGUCCCUAAAGCAAAAGGUGAACAGAUUGCCAGGGAGCACGGUAUUAGGUUUUUUGAAACUAGUGCAAAAGCAAAUAUAAACAUUGAGAAGGCAUUCCUCACAUUAGCAGAAGACAUUCUUCGAAAGACCCCUGUAAAAGAGCCCAACAGUGAAAAUGUAGAUAUCAGCAGUGGCGGUGGGGUGACGGGCUGGAAGAGCAAGUGCUGCUGAACCUUCUCCUGCCUCACCAAUCGCCAUCCACCCCUUUUUUCUCGCUGCAAAACAAACCACUCUGCCCGUUUUUUAACCUCAAACCAAUGGUUUUGUUCCUCAUCUUAACGAGCUCCUGCCUCCCCUUGGUUUUCCAGCUAGGACAGCUUUGCCUACUCCAGUUUUCUCGACACAUGUAUAGGAAAUUGAUCUCUGUGACUUCAUUUCCAUGUCCCUGCUCAACUCACCACUACGUUUGGGUUGUAUUAUAGUCCCGUCCCUCCUGCCAUUAAACCCCAGAGCAAUCAUACUCAACUCUCUUCUGCAAAUUGUAUAAGAAUAAAGGUUAGAAUUAACAAUUGA